AUGGCGGCGCCCAUGUUGCAGAUUCUCCGCCGGCCAUUCGGUCUGGGUCGCUUGCCCGGGCCCCGACUCUCGGGGCGGCGGUGUAAGGGUCAUUUCGGGGCGCAGGACGUGCUGUUGGCGCAGAGGGCGCGGGGUCUGUUCGCGGACGUUUUCCCGGCGAAGGGCGUCGCCCCGGAGCUGCCAGAGGUCCUGGCCGGCGGCGCCCAGACCGUGUACUGCGGCUUCGACCCCACGGCCGCCUCCCUGCACGUGGGCCACCUCCUGCCGGUGCUGGGGCUGCUGCACUUCCAACGCGCCGGGCACCACGUGAUCGCCGUUGUGGGCGGGGCCACAGCGCGCCUCGGAGACCCGAGCGGUCGCAGCAAGGAGCGCGCGGCGCUGAGCGCGGAGCGCGUGCGCGACAACGCGAAGACCCUUCGCGCGUCUCUGGAGCUGCUGGCCGCGCAGCAUCAGCGGCUGUUCCACGACGGGCGGCCGUGGGGCACCUUCACGGUCCUGGACAACGCGGCGUGGUACUCGCACCUGGCGCUCGUGGACUUCCUGGGCGCCGUGGGCGGCUCUUUCCGCAUGGGCCCCCUGCUGAGCCGCCACAGCGUGCAGGCCCGCCUCGGGAGCCCGGAGGGCAUGAGCCUGGCCGAGUUCUUGUACCCGGUGCUGCAGGCCUACGACUUCUACCACCUGCACCAGCGCUACGGCUGCCGCGUGCAGCUGGGCGGCUCGGACCAGCUGGGCAACAUCAUGUCGGGCCACGAGUUCAUCCGCAG